AUGCAAAGGGGAAGGGGCGGGAGAGGUGGUCUCUUUGGUUUUGGGGACCCUUUUCCUGCUUUUGGCGGCUUUGUACCACCUGGGAACCUUAUGUCCAGUUUCUUUCGUGGGUCAAGUCCCUUUGAUGAUCCCUUCUUCACCAAUCCUUCUGGUUCUUUGAUUGGACCUAGCCUAUUUGAGCAAAGCAUUUUUGGUUCAAGCAUGUUCGGGCCACACACAGCUCUAAAUGGAGGAGGCUUCCAGCAGCAAGGUCCUGAACCAAGCAGGCCAAAAGGGCCGGUUAUUGAGGAGUUGUCUUCAGACGACGAGGAUGGUGCGGAUGCGAAUGAACAUGAUGAGAAGAAGAAAACUAACUCUAUGAAACAUCCAAGGAUUUGCAAAGAGCCAUAUGUGGAGGACUCUGGUGAUGAAGUUCAAGAUAAUAAGAGAUCUAGGCAUGAGAAAUUUGGGAAAGAGUACGUCAGGGCUGGCACAUCAUAUCAACAGCCACAGACCUAUAUGUUUCAGAGCUCAACUGUUACAUAUGGUGGUCCAAAUGGGGCAUGUUAUAUGUCUUCAACGACUAGGAGGAGUGGUGGAGAUGGAGUUACAAUGGAAGAAAGUAAGGAAGCAGACACAACAAGUGGUAAAGCAACUCACAGGAUCGCACGUGGCAUUGGCAAUAAGGGUCAUGCACUGACUAGAAAACUGAACUGCGAUGGAAAAGUUAACACCAUGCAAACUUUGCAGAACUUGAGUGAAGAUGAGCUUGCUGGGUUUGAGGAAUCAUGGCAAAGGAAUGCAGGGCCUUGUCUGCCUGGUUGGGAUCCCAGAUUAAACACGCUUAACAGUGAUAAAGCAGGAACUCUUAGCCCUGGCAUCCAAGAAGAUAAUGGAAUGUCUGUACUUCCAACACCCAAUGAUAUGUUUGCGCUUCCAGCACCCGAACAAUAUCGUGGCUCUAUUUCCUCUGAUAUGUUUGCGCUUCCAGCACCUGAACAAUAUCGUGGCUCUAUUUCCUCGAGGAUGAAGAGGCGCCCUUUGAAUGGUUCAUCCCAGGGCAGUCCCCAUACAUGA